AUGCUGGGGAUACAUGGCGGAAACCCGGAACAUGAAGGCGACGAUACACGGCACGAUGCCGAGGCCCGCGGGCGGGCAAGGCUUUCGCCGGCCUUGCAGAUUCCCAAAAAUCGAAGCACUGGAAAUCUCGGCGCUAUGGGUGACAGUUCCGAACAGUCUCGCAUCCGUUUCUCGCUCGAUGCCGGCGCUGCCGCAGCCGAAUUUGACACAAUUUCAAGGAGCCCCAUUAUGACGGACCACGAUCACGGCUUGGGUGUGUCUGGGCUUCGGCGCAUCCGUCAACAACAUAAUCCCAUGCGGGCCCCGACUCUGCCUUCUUCAUCAAGCAGGACACCGUCUCUAGGAACUCUGACGAGGUCGUCAUCGCUCUCUAUAAUGCUAGACGCACACAGCCAGUCGAUACCCUUAUCCCCCGGCCCGAGUUCUCCGGCGUAUACAGAGGAUCUUUCUCGCUUCCCGUCUGAAUCGUUGCACUCCUUCUCGUUUGCCCACCAGUCCGAAGACCUGAUUCAUAAUCGCCAAGCUGUCCUGAAGCGUUCGCUAGAGUUCAUGAAGGAUCGGAUGGGAUGGUCGGUCGCAUCCAACGCAGCAAUGGCCAGCGCGCAAGCGCGGGUUACCGGGGAUGUCGAGACGCAAAACAUGCUGGAACUGCUGGCCAAGGCACAGCUGGUAGGCGCUGGCAACAUCCCGAACGGAGAUCCCAGCCUUGUCACCGGGCCAUUGAGCGGCCCAGCGGCGCUUUCGGACGAAAACGUGUUCGAAAAAGGGUUUGCCCCGAGGACUGCAAGCCCCGACCCCAUCGACAGAACUCCGCUCGUGUCCCCGACCAAUUCAGGGCCGGUGUUUGGCGAUACCCACAGUGCUCAGCUAAACGCGCCACUAUCGGCGUCCAGCCCGCCAUCCCAGCCCUCGCUCGGCGAGCGGGUCGCCGACUCUGAGAGCUCGACAAGAACACCUACAAAUGAAAGUGGUACAACAGCCCAAACGUCACCACCACCUUCAAGACGUCCUAGUGCCUUGAAGCGGACUAUGACAGACACGGCCCCCGUCUCUGUACAGCAGAAGCUCCUCGACGCCAUGGCGCAGCCUUUUCUUGCUGCUGAGCCGUCACAGCCCGAGCCCCGAUCCGCGCCCUUCCCACCUGCCUUCAAUCAGCCAUCCGCCGUGUCUUCCGGCGUACAUGGCCACCACCCAGCAAGGUGGGUGCCUGCGGCCCAGGCUAUUUUCACGACUCAAUCAAAACCUCCAUGGACAAUACUGGCUGCAAAUGACCUCGCUUGCUUGCUGUUCGGUGUCACAAAAGCCGAGGUUCGUAAGAUGGGCAUCAUGGAGGUGAUACAGGAGGAGAGGAGAGCGUGGUUGGUUAGCAAGUUGCAGAAGGGCAUUCACGACGACGUCGGCGAUGGAUCGGAGAGCGAGGUUUCUCAACAGCCGGUUCCUGCCCCGCAGUCGCCAAGUGUCCGCGGCGUACGCGCCGGUGGGAUCACGGCGAAGCUCCUUAGCAAGCCAAACUCGAGGUCCCAGACGCCCAAAAACGGGAGACGCCCAGCAACCGUCCACAGUGGCGAUCCGAAGCCGCCAAAACCGGAACAAGCUCAUCACGCGAGCAACAAGUCUAGGGGAGUGUUGCUUUGCGGAGACGUUGUCCCCAUUCAAAAACGAAACGGUGCUACUGGAUCUGCCAGUCUGUGGGUCAAGGAGAAGCGGGUGGGCUUGAUUUGGGUUCUCGAAGAGAUUCAUGAGGAUGUCGCAUAUGUCGACCUUGACGAGGAUGGCAUUGUAACCAAGCUGACAGGUGCUCUCGGCCCAAUCUGGGGCAACGAAAAUCUCCAACCUGGCUGCGACAUUGGCAAGUUGAUACCUCGGAUUCCGCGGCAAGGUUUCGACCCACGGCUUGGGGAGAUCGACUACAGGGAAAUCGCCAAGAAGAAGUACUACACGUGCCGCAACUGCGAGAGAAUCAACAUCCCGGCGACGAUAGAGCAAGUUCCAGGAACCACAGAGUUGCGUGUGUCGAGCUUUCCCCACAUUGCCGGCAUCAUCGUGGUUUCCCCCGAGACGCUGGCCAUCAAGAGCUCGAAUUCCGUUUUUUGCGGCGCGCUGUUUGGUCACGAAAAGCCGGACGGAAUGCCUAUCAGCAACCUAGUCCCCAACUUCGACAAGAUCCUCCGCGUGCUAACCGAGGAGGACGGCGUCCACCUCACCGACGGUAUUGUCAUCCCUGAGCACUCAUUCAGGAAGGCGUCAGCGUUCUUGGCGCUGAAGGAGGGCCAGCCAGAUGCAGCCUCAGGAUUUCUGCGUCCCGAAGGUCUUCCGGCCCGGCACCGUGAUGGAUCGGAGCUCAAGAUCGAUGUCCAGAUGCGGGUGGUGAAAAGCGAAAAGCAAGUUACUCUGCACGACGAGACGGUGAUCGAGGGCAGUGAGGAAGAGUCCCCUACUGGCGAAUCAAGCGACAGAUUCGUUGUGCCGCAGUCGGAAACGGUGUUUGCUCUUUGGAUUACAUACUCGAGGCAUUUGCAUGCGACGCGAACGAACGUAGGAGUUGCAUCGCCGCUACUGUCUGGCGUCACCACCCCGCUGCACCAACCGUCACCGGGGCAAACGCCGGCCCACACUCCUCUGGAGAUGCAGUCCGAUUCGGACGAGUCGCACAAGGAGGUGUCUGCCACUUCGUCCCUGGCACGACAGAUAAAAGAUGUCGCAAUGACGGCUGCGGCCAAGUUGACUGGCUCGCAGCGCGCUCCUGAACCGCCUAAGGAACAGUCCAUGGCCGGGAAGCCGACGGGCUCACCGCCCAAGAAGAAGACAAUCGACGACUUUGUCAUUUUGGAGGACAUGGGCCAAGGCGCCUACGGCCAGGUCAAGCUGGCACGGUACCGCAGCACCGGCAAGAAGUGCGUGCUCAAGUACGUGACCAAGCGGCGCAUCCUCGUCGACACAUGGACCCGGGAUCGGCGGCUGGGCACGGUGCCGCUCGAGAUCCAUGUGCUCGACUAUCUCCGCCGGGACGGGCUCAGGCAUCCCAACAUUGUCGAGAUGGAGGACUUUUUCGAGGACGAAGUCAACUAUUACAUUGAGAUGGUGCCGCAUGGACUACCGGGGAUGGACCUGUUCGACUACAUCGAGUUGCGGACAAACAUGGACGAGCAGGAAAGCCGCAGCAUUUUUGUGCAAGUCGCGAGGGCGAUUCAUCAUCUGCACACCAAGGCGCUCGUGGUGCACCGGGAUAUCAAGGACGAGAACGUCAUUCUCGACGGGGAAGGCCGGAUCAAGCUGAUUGACUUUGGAAGCGCGGCAUAUAUCAAGAGCGGGCCUUUUGACGUGUUUGUGGGUACUAUUGAUUACGCUGCACCCGAAGUGCUCGCGGGCAAGCCGUACGGUGGCAAGGAGCAAGAUGUCUGGGCGCUCGGCAUCCUGCUGUACACCAUCAUCUACAAGGAGAACCCAUUCUACAGCAUCGACGAGAUCAUGGACCGCGACCUGCGUGUUCCGUACACCAUCAGCGACGACAGCAUCGACCUGAUUAGGAAAAUGCUCAACCGUGAUGUGUCGCAGCGGCUGGACAUUGGCCAGGUGCUCGCCCACCCUUGGUGCCAGAUGGAGUGA